GGAUGGACCUACAGCUUCAUGAAAGCACGUUCAAGAACAGCCCCCACCCAACCAAGAACUAAGAUGGGCAGGGCAGGUACAAGGUUGCCAAAUUUCUGCCUGAACAGAAUCAGGCCUCACGUUCGAGUCCGGUCGCCGCCGAUACAAUCCAAGCACAAUGUGAAAGCUACAGAGACUGAUCAGAAAACAGAGGACUCUGUUUGCACUACUGGGGAUGAUAAGAAAUCUGGUUCGGUGACUGGGAGGAAAAUCAUGAUUGUGGUUGAUUCAAGCCUUGAAGCUAAGGGAGCUCUACAAUGGGCACUAUCACAUACCAUUCAGAGCCAGGACACACUUGUUCUUCUCCAUGUAACCAAUCCUGCCACCAAACAAGCUACUACAGGUGAAGUGUCUAACAAGGGGAGAACUCCUAGAGCUUAUGAGCUUGUUUACUCAUUGAAAAAGACUUGCCAGAUUAAGAGGCCUGAGGUACAAAUUGAGGUUGCAGUGUUAGAAGGGAAGGACAAGGGAGCAAUGAUAGUUGAAGAGGCAAGGAAACAAGGAGUGGCACUACUGGUUCUGGGUCAGAAGAAGAGGUCCAUGACAUGGAGACUGAUCAUGAUGUGGGCUGGGAACAGAGUCACGGGUGGUGUGGUUGAGUACUGUAUCCAAAAUGCUGCUUGUAUGGCAAUUGCAGUCAGAAGGAAAAGCAAGAAACUUGGAGGCUAUUUGAUCACCACCAAGCGUCACAAAGAUUUCUGGCUCUUGGCUUAAACCUUCAUCUAAUCUUAGUUUGAUAAGAUUAAAAUGUCUGGUUUUAGUAGUAAUUUAUUUGUAUUUGGUUGUAAAUGAUCAAAAGGUGUAUAUGUUGAGCAAUGGAAAAAAAAUGAUUGGUUUGUGAAU